AUGGCGUUGAUGCUCAAAGUCCCAGCCAAUUGCAUCGUUGUUCAGCAACCUAAGCGGGCAUUCUUGGGUGGAGCUGGAACCAGUAGAUUGGGUGCUACUAGUACCAAUCGGAAGCAAAGAGUUUCAUCAUCAUCAUCAUCAUCAGCAAUCAGUAUGAUCCCAAAGAUGUCAAUUUCAGCCAUUCCUAACCAACGUGAUGACAAGUCUACGUCCAAGAACAAGAUUGACAUUCCUAUCAUGGUAAACGGAUGUAGUGGCAAAAUGGGGAAGGCCAUUAUCCAAGCAGCAGACUCUGCAGGACUCGGAGUGGUUCCCGUAUCAUUUGGCUCUGCUGAGGAAUCUGGGCAAACAGUCCAAGUCGGUGCAACCGAGAUUCUGGUGCAUGGUCCUUCUGAAAGAGAAAGCACCCUUGCAUCCCUUCUUGAGAAAUAUCCCAAUUUGAUUGUGGUCGACUUCACUGUGCCUUCUGCAGUAAAUGAUAAUGCAGAGCUAUAUGGCAAAGUUGGAGUUCCCUUUGUGAUGGGAACAACCGGUGGAGACAGGGAUCAGUUGUAUAAAACUGUAGAAGACUCAAAAGUCUAUGCUGUAAUUUCCCCACAAAUGGGAAAACAGGUUGUGGCAUUUCUUGCGGCCAUGGAAAUUAUGGCUGAGCAAUUUCCUGGAGCUUUCUCUGGGUAUUCCCUACAGGUGAUGGAAUCCCAUCAAUCAAGUAAAGUUGACACAUCUGGAACUGCUAAGGCUGUUAUUUCUUGCUUCCAGAAGUUGGGCGUGUGCUUUGAUAUGGAACAGAUCCAAUUGAUCCGGGAUACCCAGCAACAGAUAGAGAUGGUGGGAGUUCCAGAGGAGCAUUUGUCUGGUCAUGCAUUUCAUAUGUAUCAUCUUACUUCACCUGAUCAAACAGUUUCUUUUGAGUUUCAGCAUAAUGUUUGUGGUAGAUCAAUAUAUGCAGAGGGUACAGUUGAUGCUGUAAUUUUCCUUGCUAAGAAGGUUCAUUCAGGGACAGACAAGCGGAUAUACAAUAUGAUGGAUGUCCUGCGAGAGGGUAAUAUGCGAUGA